CGCAUAUACUGACGACGAAUAUCUUUAAAUGUUGUACUGUAUCGAAUACAAUAACACCAUUCAUACACGGGUCUAUUUUUAUUAUAUUAUAUUUCAAAUAGAAAGGUAAUAAUGGUCGAUGUAAUUUCCAUAGAAAACCCAGCAUUUUGCAGUUAUCUGAUAUGUGUUUGUUUACUCACUUUAAAGAUGUUGGGCGUUACUUUUCUUACAAUAUUACAAAGGAUGAAGACGAAGACCUUUAUAAGUUCUGAAGAUGCAGCAUGGAAGGGAGGAGAAGUAAACAUUAAUGAAAACGUGGAAAGGCCAAGGAGAGCAUAUCAAAAUGACUUGGAAACCAUCCCGAUAUUCUGCAUUGUAAGCUUGGGCUAUUUGUGGACGUCACCGCCCCUGUGGCUAGUUAAUGUACUUUUUUUAGUCUAUCUGGUGACUAGAGCUUGCCAUACAUUCGUUUAUGCCAUAUACGUCGUUAGGCAGCCAACAAGGGCUAUUUUAUGGGCCAUUGGGGUCGUCCUUCUUGCAUAUAUGUCAAUUCAUACGGCUUUGUUUGCCUUUAUUAAAGGCUAUUGUUAACAUUAUUAAUUAAUUUUAUGAAAUAUAUUAGUUUUGUUUUUAUUUUUA